CAUGGACGGCACGUGUUGACAGUCAACAGGAGCAGUUGGACAUAGGAAGGCUGUGGUUGAAAAUCGAAGUGUACGCCGUGUUUGAACAAAUUAGAAUUUAUUUAAGCAGUCAUGAAAGCUCGACCGAAGGCACCUGCCCCGAAAAGUAAGGGCAAAAUGACACACAAAAAGAAACUUCCAAAAAGUGCUUCGAGCAACCCGACUACUAAGAAAUUCAGGGAAGCUGCAAGAAGAUCACAAACGUUCAGUGGCGGAUUAUCAAGCUCGGGGUCAACGUUUGGGUCGUUUGGAAAAGGUUCAAAUCCAGAUCAGCAAGGUGGUUUGACUCUUGAAGCCCUUGAGAAACACAAUGAAGCCAUGGGCGGUUUUACUGAAGCUGGGCUUGAUCAGGACGAUGCAACGUCUGUUGGCCACAAGACAUUUAACACCUGGGCAACCAACAUGACUGGAUGUACAAAUGUGACUUUUAACCGAGUGCACAGAUACAUUAACUCAAACUCUUUGAUGCAGAAAGAGAUCUUGGCUGUUUUGGCUGCCAUCACUGAAGUCAUUAAAGAAAAAGGGGGACAAGGGAGUGAUGUGCAGUAUUUUGCUGUAUUGGUCUCAAGUUUACAGGAGGCAGAAAAAACAGAGACAAUGACAGCCAUGGCUCAUCUUCUGAGCAUUGUCAUAAAAAAGGUCCCUGUUGCUGUCUUACAGAAACAGUUCUCCCAAGUGUCAAAAACCCUGGUUGGCAUAAUCACUCAUUGUGCUUCCAACAAGGAAAUCUUAGCUCCUCUUAAGCCAGUGUUGUCAUGUCUUGCAAGUCUUCUAAGGGUGAUUGAUACGAGCACUUGGUUGGAACCUUCCACUGAGCAUGUGUACAAAGCCAUAUUGCUUUUCAUAUCUCACAGCAAGCCAAAGCUUCGUAAAGCAGCCCAGACUGCUGUUAAAGUCGUGCUGCGUGGCAGUUUGAUGAUGCAGCAGGAAGAGUCGUCCCGUCCUCCCUAUCACCCAGCAGCUCCGGUCACUGCUCAGUGGUGCAUUGACACUAUUGAGUCUGCCAGAGGCCAAUCCAACAGAGUGGACAUUCUGCACACCUUGUCCAUGAUGAAGGACUUGCUCAGUGUUUUCCCCCACAAGCAAGUCAAGUCUGGCUGUGAAGUGCUUCUCAAGUUGAUGACUUUGACUGAUCCGGUGGUGCGCUCGUCAUGUCUGGAAGUCAUGUAUAGAUUGUUUGUAGCAAAACCCAGUGCGAAAAUAGUGCCAGGAGAAAUGAAUGCUCAGAUCAUCAUGGCUUUGUAUGACCACCAGCCAUCUGAGAAAGACAGCCAACCCAUGGGAGCCUGGCUCAGGGUCAUGGAAGCUGCCGCUUGCAAUCUAGCCAGAGUUGACACCAACCUGUGUGUGAGUCACGUGCCUCGACUGUUCUCUGUCUGCAUAACCUGUUUGUUGUCAGAUCGCGAGGAAGUGGCCAAAGCAGCUGUACAGACGAUGAAGGCUCUCUUGCAUCAGUGUGUUGAGCCCUUUGGAGAAAACUUAACAAAAGACUCCGCUAGCAAUCAAGCUAUGACUUCGCUGCAGAAAAUCGUGAAAACUCUGGAAACUGGCCUCAGCUAUCAAUUCCAUUCUGUGUGGUCGCUUGUCCUUCAGCUGUGGUCCUCUGCAUUUUUGUGAUAAUCCAGAUUUUCCCAGAGGGUGGCUGCUGCCUGUCUUUCGUGACAAUGUAACGCACACACAGCUGGGAUUUUUCACAUCCUAUUUUUUGCCUCUGGCUGCUACAUUCAGGAAAAAAGCCGAGGACCUGUCCAAAGAAGAGCGCAUGGCAGAGUCUAAAGCGUAUGAUGUUCUGCAACUCCAGAUCUGGUCCUUGUUGAAAGGUUUCUGCGAUCACCCAACUGAUUUGAAGCAGAGCUUCCAAGGCAUUGCCAAAAGUUUGGGCACAGCGCUGAGUGAUCGGGAAGAUCUACGAAUGGAUGUGAUGAGUGCGCUUCGUUCCAUCGUCACGUGCAGUCUCGACAAAGAGGAGGACAAACAAGAAGUAGGUCGUUUUGCGAAGAACUUCCUGCCUAUCCUGUUCAACUUGUUCACCUCUGAGGGCAUGCUGACAGAAGGCACCCGGCUUGCUGUCCUCGAGACAAUCAGGAAAUACUUUGUCAUUUCAGACUCAAAGCUUAUUUCUUCUUUCCUGGACAAGUCCCUCAGUAAAAUGAGUGAGCAGAACGUCGGAUCCUUCCGCAACAUUGCGCUUCUGGAUCUCUCAAUUGCAAUGAUCCCGUAUACAGAUGCUGCAGGUCUGAAGCGGAUGUUUGAGCUGUCUUUACCUCGGCUUCAGUCAGAGGACAGAACUGUUCAGAAGAAGUCGUACAGAGUGUUGGAGGAGCUAUGUAGUGGGAAGACACAAGCCUCCAGGGAUCUCUUGUCCUCCAACAUUGAUACCAUCCGCACUAUGUUACUACAGUCACUCUCUAAGUCAAGCCCUUCAUCAAAAGCUCCUCGCUUGCGAUGCCUGAUCCAUAUCUACAAAAACUUGGAGGAGGAGAAUAUGGACUUUUUCAUGGCAACUUUACCUGAGGCAAUUUUGUGCACAAAGGAGAUCGGAGUCAAAGCUAGAGCUGCAGCUUUUGAAUUGAUUGUUGUGAUGUCAGAGACGUACCUCAAAUGGAAUACCUCCAGUUCAGAAUCAGACAAUCUUGCGCAGUUUGUGACAAAGCUGUUGGCAGGACUUGCUGGUUCCCCCCACAUGAUCAGCGCCACUCUGCUAGCCAUCACCCGCGUUGUCUACCACUAUCAAACCCGCCUGACUGGUUCUAUUCUUGACUACAUGGUUGAAAAUGUCUGCCUGUUACUGGCUUCAAAGACAAGAGAAAUUAUCAAGACAGCUCUUGGUUUCAUCAAAGUCCUGCUCUCAGCUUAUGAAAACACUGUGCUAGCCGCCCACCUGCAAGACUUGCUGAAUGGUCUCCAUGAGAUUGCUGUGAAAGGCAACAUGAGACGCCUGACAAAGAUUAUAUAUGUAAAGUUGAUCAAGAAAUUUGGGUAUGAACUGAUUCUGAGUAUGACCAAAGAGAGUGUCCACAAGUUGUUGAAAAAUAUCCACAAGUCUCAAGAGAGGGCAAAAAGAAAGCAGGCUGGAGAGAAAGAAGAAGAAGAAGAUGAUCAGGGAGAGGACAGCGAGGAAGAGGACAAGGUUACCGGACAGCCUGAAAGCAUUGAUGAGCUAUUACGGGACACAGACUCUGAACUGGAUGAUGAUAUGGAUGAGGGCCCGAGCCUUAGUAAAAAGAAGACUAAGAAGAAGCAGCAAAGCAAAGGAGCCUGGCUCAUGGAGACGGGAGAUGACGAGAUUGUGGACUUUAUGGAUCCAGCUGCUGCCAAGCAAGUCAUCACCACUCGACCUAAAGCUUCAGAGCAAAAUGGUAAAGGAAAGAUGGAUAAGGACAGAGGUUUCAAGAUGGCUGGUGACGGUCGGCUCAUCAUUACUCAGGAUGAAGAUGAUGAGGAUAAUGCUAAAGGAGCAGCGGGAGGAUCAGAUGCUGAAGAGGACCUGGAUGAUUUGUUUGCCACCUUGGAGGGUGGAGUGAAAAACAAACCAAGGAAACGAAAAUUUACAGGACCUGCAGAUGAUGAUGAGGAUGAGGAUGAAGAUGUCAAACCAUCCGCCUCCAAAUACAAAGCUGGAGGCAGCGGCAUCCAUCGGCCGAUAGCCAAAGCCAAGAGAAGGGAGACAGACUCUGUUGUUGGAACCGAGUAUCAGUCCAAGAAAGCUGCUGGUGAUAUGAAAAAGAAAGGCAAGCCAGACCCAUACGCCUAUGUACCUCUCAACAUUGCCAAUUUGAACAAGAGGAAGCAGUUGAAAGUCAAAGGAACGUUCUCAAAUCUGGUCAAAGGAGCAAAGAAGGGAGCAGCCAAAGGCUCCAAGUUCAAGAGCAAAGCUGGCAAAGGAGGGAAGGGCAAGCAGAAGUAAAACUUCCUUAUGGAGGAGAUAUUUCUCCAUGUUAAUAGUUUGUUGAGCAUUUUAGUAUUCAAAGAGACCAUAUAGAUAAAUCUUAAUUCUGCUUUCCUUGCCUUUCUUCAAAUUUUUAUGUUAACCCUUUACUCCUUGGAUACUGACUCUGAAUUGCUAGAAUAGAGGAAAUACUAAACACUGUUUUUGAAAACAUUAAUUCAAAAAAAAAAAUUAAUGAAAUGAUAUAAUGGAAAAUAAUGCAGCUCUUUGUUAAGAAUUAUGUAACUGCUCCAGUGAAUUAACUAUAUGGUAAUACGGUAGAUUGUGACAUGAACUUUCAGUGUGUAUUUGUGUGAUUGGGAUCGCUCCAUGCUUGUUUGAUUCGAUUCUGUUUCAAACAGCUUAGGUUUUUCACCAGCUAUGUCCUUUGUAGCUCAUUCUCCUUCAAAUUCUGUAAAAUAUUUUAAAGAUAGUCUACCAGUCCUACCUUCUUUCAAUGAAAACAUUGCAAGUGGAUCAGCUUCCAUAUCCAGUAGUUGGUGUCUAGAGUGGAUCACAAAUAUAAUUUUGUUAUAUUAUUUGGGUCUUUGGGCCGUGUUUUAUGAUACCAUGUGGCUUAUGGUCUUGCACUAAUUUCAGCAUUUUAAAAUACAAUGUAUUUGGUGACUUGGUAGACUGUCUCUACUGGGAACUGGUGUACAUAUUGAAAGACAGACUUUUAUGCCAUACUAUAUUCUGCUAUUUUUGAGACUCAUUAAUGAAUAAUGUAUGCGAAGGGGAUAUUCCAUUUCGAAUGAAAAUGAUGAAUGAUUUUAGAGCUACUCCAUGUAUCAUGUAUGAAAUGUUAUAAGUGUAAUUACCAAGUCCAUAUUUGUGUUUUCAGGUCUUUACUUGGACAUUGCUUGUAAUUUUUUUCCUUGUUUAGUGACAUUCUUGAAAUGUACCUUUGUAAUUUACUAGCUGUGCUUUCAAGGUACCGGUUAUAUUUGUAUGAACACAGACUUCUCUGUUGACAUCUACCCUUUGUCGCUCAAAUGACAUUUGGCUGGAACGAGCGCUGUAAAACCAUACUAAAACUAAACUAAGAAUGCUGUUUGUGUAUGUAUAGUGUGAGAUGCCUCUACAUUAUAUCGACAAACAAUUUUAUUUAUUUAUUUUU